GAAGGUAUUAACGGUCGCAGCAGGUCUGUCGCAGCCGACGAUGAUGGAACCGACCACAUUGGCCUCGAUACCCCACGUUCCGGUGUGGCAACACCGCAACCAGACCUCCACGACAAGCGAUUACCCGGCAUAAUGAGUUACUUUGGUCAGGUUCGUGCAGCCUCUUUUCAGCGUUUGUUGUCUGGCACCUUCAACGCAAGUGGACAAGCUUCACCCGCUCCACCCGCCUCACCGACCGCCGGCCCUCAGGACGAGGAGUCACCUCGAACUACUUCCCAGUCGAAACCCCCGGCUAGCGCUGUUGAACAGGACUUGCGCCGCAUAUCUACAGACGAGGCGCCCUCUCUCUUCCCUCAUGAGACGGUGGGCCCUUCUGAAGAGCAUCCAUAUCCUACUCCCCCUACAUCCCAGCGAUCUUCUGUCCGGGGGAGUUCGAGUAUUCCUAGCGUCGGCCUGGAGGGUCGAGACACCCCUGCGUCGUCUCGACAACCCAGCCUUCGCAGGAUGAGCCUCGCAGACUUUGCUAGAGGAAAUGCCCGAAGAUCUUCCCUUCUCGCACCUUUGACAGCCAGGGUCACUGAAUCUAGUGUCUCGGCCCCUCAUUUCUCAAACCCCAGCUCUCAGGCCUCCACUGUCCCAAGCUCACCGACGCGUACAAGUUCUGGAGAUGAGAAGGGUGCCUCUGAUAAUAAGUUCGCGUGUGUCAAGAGCCUCAGGAAGCUAACAGAUGUGGCCGGGGUCAAGAGUGGUACUUCAACCCCGACCCGAGCGCUUUCAACCGCGCGCCCGUCGAAAGCCGAAAGCCAAGACGACGCGAGCCGGGAAACCGUCGCCGUUCCAGACCGCGCAGUGGCUCGCACCCCGACACCCCCAGGUGCCCAAGCACCAGCCGCUAGAGGAAAGCUUACUAUCAAAAUCGCCGAGGCGAGGGGACUGAAGAAGUGUCGUGAUCCGUACGUCGUUGUCGUUUUCCAACGCAGCGAGCUCAUAUCCGGCGGCCCACGCCCCGCCGAAGAGGACGAGGAUACUGCUGUUUCGGCAGCCAUGGCAGUCCCCAUACGCGGCACCCCAAUGCAACGCCAAGGGAGCGACUCCGGACGACCACCGAUGGCCAUCCCGAUGAGAAGCCGCCAGAGUAGUAACACCAGCAUUGGCGACUACACGACCUUCCGCAACCGUAAUUCGCGCCGGUCGUUCACCAAUCCUAAAUGGGACGCCGAGGCUAUCUUUGACGUUGUUGGAUUGGACAUGCUUGUAGACGUCUCGGUAUAUGACCACAGCGCCUCUGGAGAGGAGUUCCUAGGCCACGUCGAUUUCCAGGCCAAGAUGUCGGAGAAGGAGGGCCCUGUCCGAGGAUGGUACUCCCUGAAAGGUCAUGCCGACACCAUGAUCGAGGACACACCAACAGGCGAGAUAUACGUCGAGGCAUCCUUCCAGAGGGCUGAACGCAAGCACUUUGGACCCGAAAUGUUCCAGAUCUUGCGGCUGAUCGGGAAAGGCACCUUCGGCCAAGUAUACCAGGUGCGGAAAAAGGACACGAAAAGGAUUUACGCCAUGAAGGUCCUGUCGAAGAAGGUCAUCGUGCAGAAGAAGGAAGUUGCCCACACCGUUGGCGAACGGAACAUUCUAGUGCGGACUGCUAUGUCCGACUCGCCCUUCAUCGUGGGACUGAAGUUCUCCUUCCAAACCCCGUCGGAUCUAUACCUGGUGACCGACUACAUGUCCGGCGGCGAGCUUUUCUGGCAUCUACAGAAAGAAGGCCGAUUCGACGAGAAGAGGGCAAAGUUCUACAUCGCCGAGCUUAUCCUCGCCAUCCAGCAUCUCCAUAACAACGACAUUGUCUACCGCGAUUUGAAGCCCGAAAACAUCCUACUAGACGCAAAUGGACACAUUGCCCUGUGCGACUUUGGUCUGUCCAAGGCGAACCUAACCAAGAACGACACGACCAACACAUUUUGCGGGACCACCGAGUACCUGGCUCCCGAAGUCCUACUCGAUGAGGCCGGUUACACAAAGAUGGUGGAUUUCUGGUCUCUCGGAGUCCUGGUCUUUGAGAUGUGUUGUGGAUGGAGCCCAUUCUAUGCCGAGGAUACACAGCAAAUGUACAAGAACAUUGCCUUCGGCAAGGUCAGGUUCCCUCGCGACUCGUUGUCCUUGGAAGGGAGAAAUUUCGUCAAGGGGUUGCUCAACAGGAACCCGAAGCAUCGGCUCGGUGCGACUGACGAUGCCGAGGAGCUGAAGCGGCACGCUUUUUUCCAAGAUGUCGACUGGGAGGCGCUGGCGAAGAAGCUCAUCACACCGCCGUUCAAGCCCAAGUUGAAGAGUGAGACGGACGUCUCGUACUUUGAUCCAGAGUUCACCAACGCCUUGAACAUCAAUGGGUCCCUGAACGAGCGGGCUGCUGCUCUAGCCAAGGGGUACGCAACAUCGACUCCUCUCUCGCCAUCUGUGCAGGCCAACUUCCAAGGCUUCACCUAUGUCGACGAGAGUGCUCUUGACAUUCUUGAAGACCAUAUGAAGGACCGGUACAGCGGCAGAUACGACGACGAGGAAAUGGACGACAUCGACCGUAAGAAGGAUGAUGAAUGGGAUGACCUCGGAGAUAUCGACUCGAGAGACGCAAACCGAAUGAGCGGCAUCGUCAAGACGAACACCAAUGACGAGCAAAUGUUCGGCAACACCCAUUUCGAU